AUGCUCCGCUCAAGAGCUCCGCUCUUGCCGAGCCUGCUGCGCUCGCGCCGCGCCUCCUCCACGUCCUCCGCUGCCGCGGCGAGGCUCAUCGGCCUCGAGGAGCGGCACGGCGCACACAACUAUGCGCCGCUGCCAGUGGUCCUCGAGCGCGGGCAGGGCGUCCACGUGUGGGACGUGGACGGCACGCGCUACCUUGACUUCCUCUCUGCCUACUCGGCG